AUGUCCAGAAAAUGCGCCUUGAGUGGUCAGACUAAGACCUGUAAGCACAGAAUCAAAUUUGGAGAUUCAGCAAGCUACUACUAUGUGUCUCCAUACUGUAGAUACAGAAUUACAGCUGUGUGCAAUUUCUUCACUUAUGUGCGAUAUAUUCACCAAGGGCUGGUCAAGCAGCAGGACGCUGAGCAGAUGUUCUGGGAGGUGAUGCAGCUCCGCAGAGAAAUGUCUCAAGCGAAGCUGGGAUACUUCAAAGAUGAACUGUGA